CAGGCUGUCGCGACACCCCCCGUCCCCGCCACCGCUUUAUAUAUAUAUAUCGCGCCCAAGCCGUGCCAGGCGCCCUCUCCCUCUCCACCGCUGCAUUCGCCCUCGCUCCUGCACUCGACCGCCGCCUGUCUGUCUGUCUGUCUGUCUGUCUGUCUGUCGCUGACCGAGCAUACACACUCGCAUUCAACCCACUAUAAUUCCUCCGCCUCACCCACCUCACCCGCUUCUUGCCACCCUCCGUCGCCGACAUGAUGCGCUCCUUCCUCACCCUCAGCAUCGCCACCUUGGCCGCCUUCACGGCUGCCCAGACAACGUCGCAGAACAGCUACCCAUACACCAUCGACCCCAACUCGGUCGACCAGUCUACGAGGGAUUACUGGUGCUCGCAAAACACCGCCCAAUGCCCCCUCAUCUGUCUGCAGCAGCCGGGCGUCACCUCCAUGACCACGCAGGAAAACAGCUGCGACUCUGACAACCUCACCUACCAGUGCGUCUGCGACAACGGCGUCUCUCCCAACAUUACCCAGUACUCGCAGACGCUGCCCUUCUUCAUCUGCCAGCAAUGGGGAAACAACUGCGUCAACAACUGUGGCAACGAUCCCUCCUGCCAGAGCGCCUGCAGCCAGGAUCACCCUUGCGGUGCCCAAAACCCAUACCGUGGCAACAGCUCGCUGUCCUCGACCAUGGCUUCGACGCCCACGCCAUCCGGCACCGCCAAGAACACCAUCCCCGUCACUGGCUUUGGCGGCUCUCAGCCCACUGGCACCAGCCAGAGCGGCAACAACAACAACAACAACAAGGGCGCCGGCUCCGUCUUCAUGCCCAAUGCCGGUCUGGGCCUCGCUGCCGUCUUUGGCAGCGUCUUCUUCGGCUUCGCCAUUCUCUUGUAAAACAGAGCCGAGGCAGCCACGCAUGGCGAGACUUGUCUCCGUCUUCUCUUCAUGCUAAUUUCUUGUAAUGUCUUGUUUGAUCUCUCUUGCAUUUUCACUCUCCCUUGUUCUGAUGCAUAGCGUUGCGGAUACAAAAACAUUCCUUUUCCCGGUUUUUCGAUACCCAUUUGGGGUGAGAGAGGAAAAGCCAUAACUCGCUCAUUUCACAGCGGCCUGGCGAGGCCCCGGACGAGACAAGUCACGUAGAGUCGUGAGAAGAAGCAGCAUGGUGGUUGUAAUAACAAGGCAUUGAACCACUAAGGGCGUCAUGUUCAGCCUCGAUUAAUCCAAGACAUUUCUGAUGUUCAUAUACACGCCUUUUCCUCGACUGAAUGACAAAACCCAUUACAUAGCGUGGAAGAGUGAGAUGUGGCUUAUCCGUACUCCUCCGCACAUGCAUGCAGUAAAAACUCUCUAAUACCGCGGGAAUAAGCCCCAGAAUCAAGAAUAAAAAUAAA